CGUGAGUCAAUAUUGAUUUGCGGGACUCAGGUAUUAACCGCUCGCGUCUUAGAAGGCUCAUUAGCGGUGACUCGUUUCCAUGACAACGGGACCCCUCUGAGGCUUCGGGGUUAUCUGUUUGCCCGCCUUCGUCUCUUUCCUGUUCGUGAGAUGGACUCGUGCCACUGUCAUGUUUUGCCGCCGAGGAGAAAAACAAGCAAUAAUAGCGGAGCGAUCCGCGGCCCCAGUUCAGCGUUCCCGGCUGCGGUGCCUUCCUUAACGAUGCACGGACGGGACUGAGCAGCAGUGUCCUUAACUUCCCUGUAACCUCUGGGGUCGUAACGGGAGGAAGCGCUGCUUGCUGAUACCUGUGGUGCUCUGAGCUAAUCAGGCAAACGGUUCUUCUGAGGUGGGAGAAAGGCAGAUGAGUUUCCAAGUAUCCUAUUCAAGCUUAUAAAGCACACAGCUUCAUAUAACAGCAGUGAUUCUCUAAUGGACCAAUGAAAGCCAACAAUGACAAGUUGUGGUCAACAGUCCUUGAAUGUGCUGAUGGUUUUGCUUUCAUUACUCUUGUCAGCAGUGUUGUCCGCACAUUUUCGGGUCUGCGAGCCAUAUACAGACUACAAAGGACGCUACCACUUUGGUUUUCACUGCCCCCGUCUUUCUGACAAUAAAUCUUACAUCUUUUGCUGUCACCAUAACAACACAGUGUUUAAAUACUGCUGCAAUGAGACAGAAUUUCAGACUGUUAUGCAGAUGAACUUAACAGGGAAUGUAGAUGGAUAUAUGCAUAACAACUACAGCGCACUGUUAGGGGUGUGGAUCUAUGGUUUUUUUGUGGUGAUCUUGCUGGUACUGGACCUUUUGUAUUACUCUUCAAUGAACUAUGAUAUUUGCAAAUUUUACCUAGCACGGUGGGGAAUCCAGGGAAAGUGGAUGACACAAGGACAGAGCCGAUGGAUUAAUUCUGCUCAGGACCCAAGCCAAGUACAGACUCAGCCUCAGCCAGAGACACAGCCUCAAACUCAGCCUCAGCCACAGCCUCAGACGUCACAGACAGUACAUACUCUAAAAGGAGAUGCUUUAAGCCCACCCCUGAUGUCUUUUCAGAGUACAUCUGCCUGAAAAGUAUAUUGAUGUGCCUCAGGAUGGGAGAGGUAAGAUCAGACUCCAUGGAGCAGCUUUCAAGGAAACAAUUCAAUGACAAGAGCUUAAAAAAUGGUGGAUAGCAGCAGAGAGAGAAAAAGGACCGGAUGGAGGUUGACCAAGUCACCUGGAGAGAAACAUCUUUCAGACAACCUCUAUAGGCAAACAAUGUAGGAAGAAUUUCCAGAAGACAUAGUCCGUAAGCAAUAUUUUAAUUUUAGACCACCAAUAUUAUCUUUGAAAGGAAACAUAAUGUCUGAGAAAGUGCUCAGUAGGAAGAAAAUAAAGUUGCUCUGGCAAAUCUGGACAAAGGUGGAAAAAGAUCACAAGACAAACCUUUGGUACAUAACUUUUCUUUGCCUCCCCAUCCAUCUAUUGCCAUUUGAGCCUAAUCUAAAUGUCGGAAUAAGGAAUGUGAGUUUUUCCAAAGUUCUCUGGUGAUUACUUCGUUGCAAUAGAGUAGAUGCUGGCCAUCCCCACGUUGUCAUGCAUAACAAGGUAUGUGAAGCCUUUAAUACCAAUCAAACUGCAGGAUAGCAUCUGAUAUCAAACACCUGAAUACAUCUCAGCUUCAGCUUCACAUGCUUUUCUGAAGAGGGGAGCUUUUAUUAAGAAGCAACAGACACCCCAUUCCUCCCCCAUACUCCUUGAAGCUGAAAGAAUAUUAGAAGACAAGCAACAACCUUUGUAUUACAAAAGCAAUAAUACCAUUGUCCCUUUGCUUUACAAGGCAAUAAUCCAAUUCCCUCAGCCACUGACUAGUGUCAGAGUUUAUCCCUCUCAAAUCUAAGAGUUCACUUGUAAGUCAAAAGAGCAAUGAUGCUGCCACAGAAGGACAUGGAGUACUUGGUCACUAAGUUAUGAUAGCUUAACUUAACUUUCCACAGGAUAGGCUUACUUAAGAAUCACACAAUAUCAAUUACACAAACAAAUUCUGUGAAAUGUAAUCAUUUGUUAAGAUCUAUGUGUGGAAAAUCUGGCAAUGACAACUAAGCAGAGUUCAUCUAAAAAUUGCAACACAGUGUCACGCUAAUACCACAUUAAUUUUUCCUGCCUAAUCUUUUGUCCCAUGGAUACAAGUAAUUUUAUGAUAAUGACUUAUUUGAUUGUACACCCAGCAUGAAGAACACUUUGCCAGUGAGUAUAAAGAAGCACCUUGUGAAUAAAUAUUUUUUUAUUUUUAUUUUUUUAGCCUUUUUGAUUUGAGAGCAUUUUAGUCUUAAGGUGAACUCAAAAGGGAUAGAUUCCUGAGAGAUCUGAACUAAUUCAUAGCUAAUGAAGUGCAUGACAGUAUGCAACUGAAUUCCCCAGGAACAAUUACUGCUGGGGGAGCCAGCAGGACUAGAGAGCAUAGGAGUGCCUGGUCUCCAAAGAAGAUCUGAAGAGGAUACUGAUAUGCUCAAGUCCCUUUUCUUUGCAAUCCAACUGGCAAAAAUAAUAUAAAAAAAAAAGCAGAGUACCUCUGUACAGAGGCAGGCAACAACUAACUACCAAGAACUCAAAUGCUGCAGAUAAGUAUGUCAGCCUGCAGGUAUUAGGCUCCGUCUUGCUCUAGGUAAGCAGAAGCCUGGCUGCCCUCUCUCUUUGCAGAAUGUGUGUUCUUCUUUGCAGCUUCAAAUAAAAAGCAGUCAGUACUUUUUAAACCUUGUUUCACUCCAAACACAGCGGACCUUAGUUUUUCACAAGAACAUUUCAUUAGUGCAUGGCAGAAGAAUUAAGGAACUUCAGCUGGGAACAAAAAAGAAUCUCCUGCAAACAAGCACCAUAAGUAGCUUGCAGAUAUCAGCACAGCCCCUGUGGCUCUAUCGUGGGAGCCUGGAGCUUCAGCAGGGGAAUAAGCUGAGCUCUGAGAGUUGGCAGAUCUCUCCUAUUGAGGACACAUGCUGAUGCUAGCAGGGCCACCUUGCAAGAACAGCAAGGAAGCCAAGUAGCUGGAAACAACACUGUCCAUGCCUCUGCAGGCAUCGUGUCCUCUCCCACUUCCACAUUAGCUCCAAGAUUCACGAUCCCUUGCAGACAGCCACCAAAGUAUCUGUGCCUACAGCAGUCAGUCCCACAUUGGUGUUUUGCAGUAGGUGUUUGCUCCUUUGGCCUUCUGUCAGCAUCUUCUUUCAUUGUGAGGCAAUGGGCCACAGAGAGCUUUGUAAAAACUUAUGUUCAUGGAGGAAUUUGUAUUAGAUACUGAUUUGUGUGAAUUACUGUAUUUUGUAAGGGUUUUUUUCCCUCUGGGAAUUGUGCGUUAUUAAUGAGCAGUUUUAUGCUUUACUUCUAGUACAUGUAUACCUUGUAAUUGAUGAGCAGUUUUCUUUGUUUUCCUUUGAUUCUACAUACAAAGCCAGUUUAUAUAAGGUAGAUACUCUCUGGCUGAAGUUCUGAUUUUGCCUACCAAUUAAUUUAUGGAUAAAUCCACAUUGUAGCUGAUGAUGUGCAUCAACUGUGUUGCUAUAAUCACCUGAUAGCCUACCUAGUUUUGCAGAAUAGACCUUGAAUAAGACUAAUGCUUGCUGGGCCUUAAACUAAAGGGAAGCAGUGCAUACACAUUUCCCAACCUUGACUUCUGUCAGCCCUUCUCCCACACUGAUUCCCCACACUGACAAGAUGUUGCAGAAGAGCACUGCUAGACAAAAGGUAGCCUGAACAUGCCAAACUUCUGUAUAGCAGAGGUCUGAUAGUGCCAUGCAUUCACCUGACCAAAGUAAUCGUGGUGUACCAGAUGAACUGCAAUGAAUCAUUCAAGUAUUUCUGCAGAAAGAGCCUGGUUCAAACACGAUCUCUCUCUAAAAGAAAAGACCUAGGCUAAAAUAUAUUUCUCAGUUUCCAUCCUGAUAUAGUUUGGAAAACAAAGGAUAUAAAAUUAACAAAAAGUGCAUAAUUUCAUUGUACACCCUGUACACCAAUGGCAGCUACUUCAGUGGCUGUUAAUUACAUUUGUGUUCCAGAAGCCUUCUUCCUCAUCCAACUCAUCUUCUCUCCUACUUUUUACCAAGAACUGAGUGUCCAACUUCUUAAUAAUUGCUGUGCGUAACAUAGAACAUAAAAAGAUACGUAAUACAGCUUGUGCAGGACUUGGUGUUGUAAUUAACCAUAUUUUGUGCCUGGUUAUCGAUUGUACAAAAAAACAGAAAGUGAUUACAACCUGGCCUUUUAAUGUAUACAUCAGCAUAUUGUAGCAGCUAUUUUAGAUAACUGUUUUUAAUAGUUUUACUAUGGUUGUAAUUUCUAUACGAGGACUGUCCACUUACAGAAGUGUUCAAGUAAUGCAUCAAAGCAAUUUUUGAAGCUAGUUCUAUUUAAUUACCAGUGGUGAUGUAUGAAAAUUAGGACAACUGAAACAAAACCCAAAACCCAACCAACUCACUGGAAGGAAGCAUAUUUUCUCAUCCUUGAAAAUUCUAAUUUGAAAAUUGCGUAAGACAGACAUUUUUUUCUAGUCCUCUUUUUAUAUAAGUAGUAAAUCACUAAGAAGAUAAUAGAUACAGUACAAUAGUCCAUUUUAAUAGUCUACAGUCAAAUUUUAGGCUAAUUAAGCAAACUAGAAAUUCUAGGGUUACAGUGAUUUCUCACUAUGGAUAUGCUGACGAUAAUACUGUUUACAUAACACUCGAUGUUUGAAAUCAAUAUGUGCCAGUGUCAGUGAUUUGCUAAUCUAGUUUUUGAUCUAAACCUGUCCUGUUUUUUGCAGCAUACUUAACUUCAUAUUAUGAAUCAUGUUGUCUUUCUAAAGUGGUUGCCAAGUAAACCAAAAAUGUGUUUUACACUGCUAUUGCACUGCUCUUGUCUUUAUAUACAGUAGUUUUUAUAAAGAUGUCCUUAGGUUUUAAUA